AUGUCAAAACCUCGUCUGUCAUUUUGUCUGUCUGUCUGUCGCUUUCUCGUCCUUAAUGCUGUUUCUGUAAUAAUUACAACAAAUGCUUUUAUUCUUUUUAUUUUCUCGUACUUGUCUUAUGCCUUCCUCUCUCUCUCUCUCUCUCUCUCUCUCUCUCUCUCUCUUUCUGCUUUUCCCAUGAUUUUUAUCCUUCGUGUUCUUUUACUCUGUCUAUCUCUUUCUUCCACUCUUCCCACUUCUCGAUAUGUUUCGCUACUUUCUCAUCUGCCUUCUUAUUUUUCUCUCACUUUCUAUUCUUUUCGCCUCAGCACACCUUUUCUUUCUUCCGGGAUUUUUUACUUUUCCCUUAUUUUCUCUCUUUCGAUUUUUAUUUUUACGAUUAUCUAUUCCCUAAAAUUCACAUUUUUUUUUUCUUUCAUUAAAUGCUCUUUCUUUCUUUUUUCUUUCUUUCUUUCUUUUUUCUUUCUUUCUUUCUUUCUUUCUUUCUUGUUAAUUUUCUUUUCAUUUAGUUCCCAUUAUAUUUCUUUCUUUCUUUCUUUCUUUCUUUCUUUCGUUCGUUCUUUCUUUCGUUCUUUCUUUCUUUCUUUCGUUCUUUCUUUCUUUCUUUCUUUCUUUCUUUCUUUCUUUCUUUCUUUCUUUCUUUCUUUCUUUUUCUUUCUUUCUUUCGUUCUUUCUUUCUUUCUUUCUUUCGUUCGUUCUUUCUUUCCUUCUUUCUUUCUUUCUUUCGUUCUUUCUUUCCUUCUUUCUUUCUUUCUUUCUUUCUUUCUUUCUUUCUUUCUUUCUUUCUUUCUUUCGUUCUUUCUUUCUUUCUUUCUUUCUUUCUUUCUUUCUUUCUUUCUUUCUUUCGUUCGUUCUUUCUUUCUUUCGUUCUUUCUUUCCUUCUUUCUUUCCUUCUUUCUUUCUCUCUUUCUUUUUUCCUUCUUGCGUUUCUUCUUGUUUUCUUUUUUCUUGUUAAUUUUCUUUUCAUUUAAUAGUCAUAUUUCUUUUUGUCUUUUUUUCAUUCAUUUUUACUCUUUUCUAUUCAUUCCUUCAUUCCAUUCUAUUUCUUUCUUCUUUUCUUUAUUUCUUUUUUCUUUAUUUCUUUUUUCUUUCUUUCUUUCUUUCUUUCUUUCUUUCUUUCUUUUUCAUCUAAUCGCUUUCCUCCCUUUACGCCAGAAAGAACGUAGUAAUAAUGAUAAUAGCCUUUUUAUCCCUUUUUUUUCUAAAAGAAGACAUCGACAUCAUUAUCAUCCUCAUAUUCUUCUUUUCUUUGAUGAUGAUAAUAAUGGUUUCUCUAUCAUGACCACUGCGUUCCUCUUCUACAACUGCCUUGACCACUGCCUCAGUUUACAAAAAUUCACAUCUAUCUAUCUAUCUAUCUAUCUAUCUAUCUAUCUAUCUAUCUAUCUAUCAUACUGUUCUUUCUUUCUUUUCACAUUGUUUCAUCUAUCUAUCUAUCUAUCUAUCUAUCUAUCUAUCUAUCUAUCUAUCUUGUUCUUUUCAUCUUCUCACUAUCUUCAGUUCUCUCUCUUUUUAUGUAUCUUAUUCUCUUUAUCUCUUUCUAUCUUAUUCUUUUCAUCUAUGUACCUAUCACUAUCUAUCUAUCUAUCUAUCUAUCUAUCUAUCUAUGUUUGUGCUUGUAUGUAG